AUUAGGGUUUAACGCAACACAUUUCUUCACAAACCUACCAAAACAAAAGAAGAAUUCAUUCAUCAUUCAUAGUUUCAUACUCACUCCAUUAAGUAAUCGAAGAUUCUAGAAGAAGCCUGAGAUUAUGGCAACAGCAACAGCAGCAGUAGCGGCAAAGAGGAAGCCAGUGUUCAUAAAGGUUGACCAGCUGAAACCGGGAACCAACGGUCACACGUUGACCGUUAAAGUCGUUUCUUCGAAGCCAGUCAAGACUGUAGGAACUAAGGGACCUCGAUCUUCUUCUUCCAUGCUCCUCUCUCGCCCUUCCCGCCGCCCCUCUCGCAUCUCCGAGUGCCUCAUCGGAGACGAAACCGGCACCGUCAUCUUCACCGCUCGUAACGAACAAGUGGACGUUAUGAAUCCAGGGGCGACGUUAAUUCUGCGAAAUGCAAAGAUUGACAUGUUCAAGGGAUCCAUGAGGCUAGCAGUUGAUAAAUGGGGGAGGAUUGAGGUCACUGAACCGGCAAGCUUUCAAGUUAAAGAGGACAACAAUCUUUCUUUAGUUGAAUAUGAACUGGUUAAUGUAGUUGAGGAGUGAUUAUAUUUUCUUCCUUUUUGGGGGUUGAAUCUUUUUUCUAGUUAUUAGAGGUUCUGAUUUUUGUUUUGACCGUAAGUGAUUUGAUUGCUGUGCAGUUUUCAUGUGGUAAAGUCUUGGUUGUGUUAGGCUUAUUAUUGUGCCUAUGCUUCACAUGCGAAGCAAAUAUUUGUUUUAUAUUGGCCUUAUUGGCUACGUAUGAUAAUAUAUCCCUUGGUCUUUCCACAAAUUCAGUUAGAAGUUGCCCCAUGCACACAAAUGACGAAAAUGUUUGAAUGCAUAUGCUGAAUCAACUCUCAAUCUCAACAAUAUCAGAUGGAAUGUAUAAUAAGUGGCCAAGUGGGAUCACAGUUUAACAGUUGAGUUUUGACGUAUUAUUUUGUUAUUGGUA